AUGUUGGAACACGAUGCCCUCGUCCUUUUGUACUCUCACCUGCCGGACUUCCCGCGCGCCAGCGAUGCCCUACAAACGCUCAAGAAGGUGGCGUCGCUGGUGAAGCCCAUUAUGCGGGCCAGAGGUUGGAAAGUACGAGAGCUAGCAGAGUUCUAUCCAGAUCAAGCAAAUCUCCUUGGCCUGAAUGUCAACAGGGGACAGAGAAUCCUCAUCAGAUUACGAUACCCCGGCGACCGAUCCUUGUUUCUCCCAAUUGAGCAAGUCGUCGACACGAUGCUACACGAGCUUUCCCAUAUUGUUUUCGGACCUCAUGACGGGAAAUUCCAUGCUUUGUGGAACCAGCUUCGAGAUGAACAUGAGGCGCUCAUUCGUAAGGGCUACACGGGCGAAGGUUUCCUUUCCGAUGGACACCGUCUUGGAGGUGGUCGUCUACCCAUGCACGAAGCUCGCAGACUCGCCCGAGUCUCGGCUGAGAAGCGCCGCUCGUUGAAUGCUGGCUCCGGUCAGCGUCUUGGUGGUUCAGGGCCUCGACAGGGAUCAGAUAUUCGGCGAACUAUUGUUGGUGCAAUCGAGCGCCGAAACAAUACUCUGCAAGGAUGCGGAAAUUUGAAUCACAAUGAUCGGGAGAUCGAACAAAUUUCCGAGACAGCAACAAGAAACGGCUUCCGUACUCAGGCUGAGGAGGAUGCUGCAAAUGAAGCAGCCAUUGCUCAGGCGCUAUGGGAGUUGGUUCAGGAGGAGGAAAAGCAGCGGUACGGGAACUACUACGUUCCGCCAAGUGCACAAAACCCGACCGGCAACGGCGGUGGCACGAUCAUGGAGGAAUUUGCACCGAGGAGCAACAGCGUGCCUCCCCCGAUCCCGGAACCUUCAAGACCUCCUCCGGUACCGAGGUCCGAAACCCGGCCACCGGUGAUUGCGGCACCGACCCCCCAGGCAGAACCGCAACGUGGUUGGACGUGUGUAAUAUGCACUCUCCACAAUCCUGCAAACUUCCUCUGCUGUGAGGCGUGCGGCACCGAAAAGGGCCAGGAUCCUCAGCGCCAUGUGUGGACUCCCAAUGCAGAGAAACGAGAGCGUCAGCAAGCAUCGGCAUCAGCACCGGUAGCGUCUCGUGCGAGACCGCCGGCAGAGACGAUAGACCUGACAGGCAGUCCGCCGAGAGGAAGCAACGGUGGCAGCGCGAGCGUUGCGGCUAACCGUGUAUCAGCCCCAGCGAAGCCCUUGACUUGGAAGUGUUCUUUCUGCGGCACCGUCAUGGAGAGACAGUGGUGGACGUGUUCGACAUGUGGAGUGAUGAAGGACAGUUCCGCCUGA